GCAGCAGCAGCAGCAGCAGCAGUCAGCACAGCAGCAGCAGCAGCAGCAGCAGCAGCAGCAGCAGCAGCAGCAGCAGCAGAAGCAGCAGGCACAGCAGCAGCAGCAGCAGCAGCAGCAGCAGAAGCAGCAGCAGCAAGACAGCAGCAGCAGCAGCAGCAGCAGCAGCAGCAGCAGCAGCAGCAGCAGCAGCAGCAGCAGCAGCAGCAAGCAGCAGCAGCAGCAAGCAGCAGCACAGCAGCAGCAGCAGCAGCAGCAGCAGCAGCAGCAGCAGCAGCAAGCAGCAGCAGCAGCAGCAAGCAGCAGCAGCAGCAGCAGCAACAGCAGCAGCAGCAGCAGCAGCAGCAGCAGCAGCAGCAGCAGCAGCAGCAGCAGCAGCAGCAGCAGCAGCAGCAGCAGCCAGCAGCAGCAGCAGCAGAGAAGCAGCAGCAGCAGAAGCAGCAGCAGCAAAAGCAGCAGCAGCAAAAGCAGCAGCAGCAGCAGGAGGAG